AUGGAGAUGCUUAUGGCGCAUGACCCGGGACUUAACAUCCCCAGUAUAAUAUCUGGAUUUGAGAAUGUUCUCCUUCAUGAAGAUGUUCCCCACGAUGUCAGAAGAUCUGUCAUAAAAGAUUGUAAUAAAACGUUAAGAAAAUGUCAACGAGCUUCAGCUAAGAAACUUCUUAGUAUCCAGGUUGUUCUGACAGAAGCCACCAAAGAAGCUGCCAUGUAUAACGGCCAAGAGGAGGAAACGAAUGACUUGGCUAAAUACCAGAAUAUUAUUGUCCACCUUACCGGUCUCCUUUACCUUAGAGGAAAGCCAUUGGCAGAGGAUAUGUCAAGGAACCAGAAUAUUUUCAAGCGUCUCACCAAUGCCCUUCACCCGAGGGGAUUGCCAAAGGACAGAUCCACUGAGCUUGUGGAAUUACUCAAGGCCACUGGCAUUCGUGAUACAUCUCAGUGGCUGGAUUUGCUCUCCGAGGUCAAGUGCGACGGCACAGUGAGCGAAUUACUUGCCAAGGCGAUGGAUCUCACGGGACACAUAGAAAUAUCCGACGGCCAUUUAGCUGCAUUCAUGCGUGUUCUGAGUUACGCACGUCCGUCACUCUUGGUCCUAGACAUCAGCGGUGACCCUGAGGACAUCCCGUGCCUGCGGGAACUCCUCGUGGGGAUGAUAGACGCGACAUGGAAGGUGGAGCUAAGGCUCCGCCACGACUUCCGCCACCCGAGAGCCGAUGGGAGCGUCCUCGAUGUUACUCUUCAGCAAGUUUUCCGAAGCGGACGCCUCCAAGUCACGAAGUUCAGAGGGCAGUUGAGCGGAUCGACCUUGGCGGCGCUGCCCUCGAGUCUCAAGGAUCUAUAUUUGGCCGUGAAGGACGACGACCACUACCGGGAACUUCUUCUCACCCUGUCCUCUCUGCAAGGGCGGCUGCCAAGAAUGAAAUGGCUUGCCUUGCACGUUUCUGCGUGUCUGGACGCGGCGUCGCUUCGACCUUUGCCCGGCGUAAAUCUUCCUUACUUAUGGGUGAGCGGCGUCGAGGAAGCAACGGUCGAGGGGGCGAGUCGGGUCGUCGCGGCUCUGCAGCCCUCAGGAGGGUACUUCAUGCUCCUCUUCCCUGGGGCGUGCGAGGAGGAGGAGGCUCUCGCUCGCCUCGUGGAGCAGCUCGGCCGCGAGGGAGUCCGGGUUAGGAGGGGAGUGGCUGCGUCUCCCCGAAUCGACGGAGGAAAAGCAGAGCGGCUGAGAGGCCUCGUGGAAAGGGGGUUGGGCGGUCUCUUUUGGACGCGGGACGAAGACUAUAUCUGGAGGUGAGUUUCUUCUUCGCUGUUCUCAUGAAACCAGCAAAGUGAGUCUGGUGCCUCGGGCGGGGUUGUGGGUGGACUCAUCUGCUCUUCAGAGAAAAACUUGUAGGAAAUCGCUUAUUCUUUACUUUUCUACCUCAGGAAAAAAAAUAUAUAUAUAUAGAAUUGCAUUAUUUAUUUAUGUAGAAAUAAAUUUUUCAUGCUUGUUUCUCUCGGUGAAUGUUUACUUUUUAAAAAUCACGUUGAUUUAUAUGAAAAGAAAGAGAGACUAAUGGCCAUCAGUGUAUUAAAUGUAGGCCUAUUUCUUCUUCCUUCAUUUAUGGGACUUUAGAUUUUAAUUUUAUCUAUAUCCCCUGGAUUCAUUUCUUCUGAUUUUCUACCUUUGUUGAGUGCCUAUUCAAAUAUUUAUUUAGUGAUCAUUUCUUUCAUUAGCAUAUGAUUUUUUUUCUUAUAGUUUUAUUUUGCAUUCUGUUCCUUUUUAUUUAUUAAUUUAUUUAUUGUUGCUAUCUGUUAACGCUUGUAGUAUAAUGACUGGUGUUGAUUUGAAACAUCCUGUGGCUUUCUUCAUUACUUCAUUUUGUAGUGUUUGUAAUUUCAAUGUAUUAUUAUUAUUUGCUUUUUCAAUUCUCAAUAUGUCAAUAAGGUCAGCUUUGAUGCAUUAUAUAUCAGCCAUAGUAUACUGUUAUUUGUGGAAAAUAUCUAUUGUCUGUUUCUGUUUUUGGUAUUGGAUAUAUCUAUUUGUGAAACACCAUUUUACUUUUUAACAAGUUAAUUUUUAAAAUUUAUAUAUAUCAAUUAAUUCUGAGACAUUCUUUUAGCUUUUUUAAUUUAUUGAUUGAAUGUCUUUGCCUGAUGUUAUCAGUGUGACAUCAUCUGCUUAAAUCAUUUUGUGUGUCAACUAUUUCCUCUAAAUCAGCCAUUAAUAAUUGACGAGGGUUGGGCUUAGUGGAGAUCCUUGUGGUCCCAUCUUUAUGUUAUUUUCUUUUUAAGUUUUGCUGUUUACUAUUACAGUUUGAAAAGUCCCUACCCCUUAGAAAGUUAUAAAGUUUAGUGAUGAACCUGUAAUUCCCAAUUUCCAGCUUUGAAUAAUAUUGCUUCAUUUAUUGCAGAAUCAAAAGCUUUUUUUUUUCAAAAUCAAUAUGUGCAGUUAAUGCAUAUCUAUUUCUGCUCUUCUAGCUUUAUUAGUUUACAAAUCUAUUAUUUCCGGCACAUGAAUUGUGGUCUG